AUGAAUAGAGGAGUUUUGCAGAGUUCACCGGUGCAGCAAAUGAUGGCUGGAAACCCUAACUGGUGGAGCAUCAACAACAUGAGGCCACCGAUAAUUCAUCAUCAACAAACCUCUCCCUUUCUACCUCCUCCUAGUCUCUUCCCUCAAUUCCUACCUUCUACUUCUUCGUCAUCAUCUUCUUCAUCUCUUCUUCUUCCUUCUUGGAAUGAUAACCCAGAUCAGGAUCCAGAGUCAUGGAGCCAACUACUUCUAGGCGGAUUGGUGUGUAGUGAAGAUAAGAGCAAUAUAAGCCAUUUUCAAGCAAAGAAAAUGGAAAUUUGGGAGGAGCAAAUGUUACAUCAAGCAACAAGUGCUUCUGCUGUGGAUGUCAAGCAAGAAAACUCUGCAAGCAGCUACGUGUAUGGUCAUGCAAAUGAAGAUUUCCAGACAGCUGCAAAAUCUACAGCUUGGUCCCCAGUGAUACCUGCUUCAUCUCCUAAGUCCUGUGUUACAAGUUUCAGCAGCAACAUGUUGGAUUUCUCUACCAACAAGGGAGAUGGGAGGCACCCACCACCAGAUCGAUCUUCUGAGUGUAACAGCACUGCAUCUGGUGGGGCAGUUAAGAAAGCUAGGGUUCAAUCUUCUUCAGCCCAACCUACCUUUAAGGUGAGGAAGGAGAAAUUAGGUGAUAGAAUCACCGCCCUUCACCAGCUAGUUUCUCCAUUUGGGAAGACUGACACAGCCUCUGUCUUGUUAGAAGCUAUAGGGUACAUCAGAUUCCUUCAGAGCCAAAUUGAGGCUCUCAGCUUACCGUACUUGGGUAGUGGAUCCGCAAAUAUGAGGCAGCAACAUUCUGUUCAAGGAGAAAGGAAUUGUAUAUUUCCUGAGGACCCUGGUCAGCUGUUGAAUGAUAGCUGCAUAAAGAGGAAAGGAGCUUCUCAGCAGGACUCUCAUGAAGAUCCAAAGACUGACCUGAGGAGUAGAGGGUUGUGUCUUGUGCCAGUGUCCUGCACGCUGCAAGUUGGCAGCGAUAAUGGAGCAGACUACUGGGCUCCUGCUCUUGGAGGAGGAUUUCGAUAG